AUGCUGAACAUUUCGCGCGCCCCCAUCUCCGAAAAAUGGCUGUCCUCUACAGUCACAGGAACCCACAAUCACCAAGCUCUCGAUUCCAAGGCUGUACUGAAUAUCAGGCAUAGCCGUUUCAGUAUCUCCACCAUUAAUACCGACCUUUUCCCCGAACUCAUAUCGUGGUCAGCCAUGAUGAAGACACAAUCGCUCUCGCCCUCAACACAAAGUUUCCCCAGCGACGUUACACGACCAAGCCACGAAGAUUCCGAUACCAUAAUGGAGAUGAACCUGUCACUCUCCGCUAUCUUUGACCCAACUACACUUGAAGUCGGCUUUGAUACGUCGUGUUUUGACGGGCUUGAUGACACCCUUAUUUACUCUCCGAUGAGCGCUUUUGCCGAUGUCUGCUGGGAGGACGGGUUGGUUGCGGAGCCUCCGGUUUUGCCUACUACUGAGAAGCGCAGUGCGCCAGCGCCAGCGCCUACGCCUACGCCUAUCCCUGCCCCGACUCAAAGCUUCGGCGAUAGGAAGAGCCCAUAUUUCCCUCUGGCGAUGGUUACCAGCGGUUCUUCCGACGAUUCGGAUACAGAUUCGGACGAGUGCAGGACGUUCAACGAAGAAGACGUGAUCAAGGCUAUUCCUGUCAACGGCGUCUGGUCAGGCAUACAGCGAGUGGGAGAGUUCUCGUCAUAUGAAACCUACACUCCUAGACGGUUGAACUUUGAGGACGAUUCGACCUCGUUUAUGAUCGUUGAGCCACAAAAGCCACGAAUGCCCGUGUCAGUGCCCAACGCGUCCGAUUCCGCCAUUGGCUCGUUCCCCGUACGCACUACCCAGCAUAAAAAGAGCGUAUCUAGCCGGAUUACCGCCUUUCGCGCUCACCUGAUGCCUGGAAGACUGACAUUCGUGAGACCGCCCGCCCAAUGA